AUUGUCAUUUCGAAAACCUUGACCCGGAAAUUUGGCUUGGUUAUCCAUAACCCGCCUGCUAAGACCCGUGAACACUGGGCGGAGUUGCAUUCCACUUGAACUCUAGGGUUUUAAGUCUCUCUGCAAAAUUCUUUCUUUUUCAUUCUCAUUUGGAAUUAAGGCAUCUCAAAAUAGUUUUGUUCAGUAAUGGCUUCAACAGGACAAUCACAAUCUUUGAAGAGACGAGAUGCGCCGGUAACAAGAGAAGGGGAUCAACUAACUGUAACUCCUCUCGGCGCCGGAAAUGAAGUGGGUCGGUCUUGUGUAUACAUGUCCUAUAAGGGCAAAACAAUCCUGUUUGAUUGUGGAAUUCAUCCAGCUUAUUCGGGCAUGGCUGCCUUGCCAUACUUCGAUGAGAUUGAUCCUUCCACUAUUGAUGUACUCCUUAUCACCCACUUUCACUUGGAUCAUGCUGCAUCUCUACCUUAUUUCUUGGAGAAGACCACGUUUAAGGGUCGUGUGUUCAUGACUCAUGCAACCAAGGUUAUUUAUAAGUUGCUGUUAACUGAUUAUGUGAAAGUGAGCAAGGUUUCAAUUGAAGACAUGUUGUUUGAUGAACAAGAUAUAAAUCGUUCCAUGGACAAAAUUGAGGUUAUUGAUUUCCAUCAAACAGUGGAGGUCAAUGGCAUUAAAUUUUGGUGUUAUACUGCUGGCCAUGUCCUUGGUGCUGCCAUGUUCAUGGUUGAUAUUGCUGGUGUUCGAGUACUGUAUACUGGAGAUUAUUCACGUGAAGAAGAUCGACAUCUUCGUGCUGCUGAGAUGCCACAGUUUUCUCCUGAUAUAUGUAUAAUUGAAUCUACUUAUGGGGUCCAACUCCAUCAACCUCGACAUAUUCGAGAGAAGCGGUUCACUGAUGUCAUCCACUCAACCAUUUCUCAAGGGGGUCGUGUUCUAAUCCCAGCAUUUGCCCUUGGGCGUGCCCAAGAACUUCUCUUGAUCCUUGACGAGUUCUGGGCAAACCAUCCUGAGCUCCAUAACGUUCCUAUAUAUUAUGCUUCUCCCCUUGCAAAAAAGUGUAUGACUGUCUAUCAGACAUAUAUCCUUUCAAUGAAUGAGAGGAUUCGCAACCAGUUUGCAAACUCGAAUCCAUUCAAAUUCAAACACAUAUCGCCCUUAAACAGCAUAGAGGAUUUCACUGAUGUGGGGCCAUCAGUUGUCAUGGCAAGUCCUGGUGGACUGCAAAGUGGGCUGUCAAGGCAGUUAUUUGAUAUGUGGUGCUCCGAUAAGAAAAAUGCUUGUGUUAUACCUGGAUAUGUUGUUGAAGGAACCCUAGCGAAGACCAUCAUUAAUGAACCAAAGGAGGUCACUCUAAUGAAUGGUCUAACUGCUCCAUUGAACAUGCAGGUCCAUUAUAUUUCAUUCUCUGCUCAUGCGGAUUAUGCUCAGACAAGUACAUUCUUGAGAGAGCUCAUGCCUCCUAACAUAAUUCUUGUUCAUGGAGAAGCCAAUGAAAUGGGGAGGCUCAAACAGAAGCUUAUCACAGAGUUUGCAGAUGGCAACACCAAAAUCGUCACCCCUAAGAAUUGUCAGUCUGUUGAGAUGGUUUUCAACUCUGAAAAAAUGGCAAAAGCAAUUGGAAAACUGGCUGAAAAGACCCCAGAAGUGGGCGAAACCGUCAGUGGCAUACUAGUAAAGAAGGGCUUCACUUAUCAAAUGAUGGCACCUGAAGAUCUCCAUGUAUUCUCACAGCUAUUGACAGCAAAUAUUACGCAGAGGAUUACCAUUCCAUUCUCCGGUGCCUUUGGUGUGAUAAAGCAUCGACUUGAGCAAAUAUAUGAGAGUGUGGAAUCUGGGACAGAUGAGGAGUCUGGAGUUCCAACGCUGCAAGUGCAUGAGCGAGUGACAGUGAAGCAGGAGUCUGAUAGACACAUUUCGCUUCAAUGGAGUGCAGAUCCUAUAAGUGAUAUGGUGUCUGACUCGGUUGUAGCUCUAGUUUUGAACAUCAGUCGGGAGAUGCCAAAGGUUGUAGUUGAGUCAGAGGCUGUAAAAUCAGAGGAAGAAAAUGUGAAGAAAGCAGAGAAGGUUAUCUAUGCUCUCCUUGUCUCGAUCUUUGGAGAUGUGAAGCCUGGAGAGAAUGGGAAACUGGUUAUAAGUGUUGAUGGGAAUGUGGCACAGCUGGACAAACAGAGCGGAGACGUUGAGAGUGAAAAUGCAGGUCUCAAGGAAAGAGUGAAGACUGUGUUUAGGCGAAUUCAAAGUGCGGUGAGGCCAAUUCCACUCUCUGGAUCAUAACUUGUUCCUAUUAUUUUGAGUAUAGGUUUUAACAUGUUGUGUCUGAAUUGUGAGGAUAAAUUUUGUUGCUGUAAAACUCUAAUUUCUAGUAUGUACAGCUUACUAGAAGGAGAUAAUAUAUAUAGCAUCUGAGCUCUUUAUGUAAUUCUCAUUUUGUUUAUCUUGGAAGUUUCUUUCUAAUGAUCAAUUUUUAACAUUUGUGAGCUUUUUGGUUA